AUUUCCGUUAUCAACGACAUUUCCCGUUGGCACUAUCGAAAAGUGGGUGUUGCUCCCGUCACUCGUCUGCUCGCGGCCGCACGUAACGUAGGAAAGUUGGCGUUGGGCGGACAGCUAACGCUGUAUUGAGGACUGAGGAUCUUGGCGAUCGUCGCGAAAAGUCAUGCGCUGAUUUUGGUUUAAGCAACUAACACCACCCUCUGUCAAGAUGAUAGGGGGUCUGUUCGUUUACAAUCACAAGGGCGAGGUGCUGAUCUCCCGGGUAUAUCGGGACGAUAUCGGUCGGAAUGCGGUGGAUGCGUUUCGUGUUAACGUCAUCCACGCACGACAACAAGUACGAUCGCCCGUGACCAACAUUGCUAGAACUUCGUUUUUCCAUAUAAAGCGUGCCAACAUCUGGUUAGCUGCUGUCACCAAGCAAAAUGUUAACGCUGCCAUGGUGUUCGAGUUGCUACUGAAAAUCAUCGACGUUAUGCAGUCAUAUUUCGGCAAAAUUUCAGAGGAGAACAUCAAGAACAAUUUCGUGCUCAUUUACGAACUGCUAGAUGAAAUUCUCGACUUUGGAUAUCCCCAAAACUGUGAUACGGGAGUACUGAAGACGUUCAUCACUCAACAGGGCGUCAAGUCUGCCACCAAGGAGGAACAGGCUCAGAUAACAUCGCAAGUCACUGGCCAGAUUGGAUGGCGACGUGAGGGCAUUAAAUAUAGACGCAACGAACUCUUCUUAGAUGUACUCGAAUUCGUGAAUCUCCUAAUGAGUCCUCAGGGUCAGGUUCUUAGCGCGCACGUAGCCGGAAAGGUCGUGAUGAAAUCCUACUUGUCAGGAAUGCCGGAGUGCAAGUUUGGCAUUAACGACAAGAUCGUCAUGGAGGCGAAGGGCAUGAAAGGAGGUGGCGGAUUGGGAGGUGGUGGUGACGAUCCCACGGGCGCUAGAUCCGGCAAGCCAGUCGUUGUGAUUGAUGACUGCCAAUUUCAUCAGUGCGUUAAGCUUAGUAAAUUUGAGACCGAACAUUCCAUUAGUUUUAUUCCGCCGGAUGGUGAAUUCGAGUUGAUGAGAUACCGCACUACGAAGGAUAUAUCGUUGCCAUUCCGCGUGAUACCACUCGUGCGUGAGGUGGGUCGGACGAAGAUGGAAGUAAAAGCGGUGCUGAAGUCGAAUUUCAAGCCGUCGUUGCUCGGCCAGAAGAUCGAGGUGCGCGUGCCGACGCCGUUGAACACCGCCGGCGUGCAGUUGAUAUGCCUGAAGGGCAAAGCGAAGUACAAGGCAUCAGAGAAUGCGAUUGUGUGGAAAAUCAAGCGUAUGGCCGGCAUGAAGGAGACGCAGUUGUCCGCAGAGAUCGACUUGCUGGAGACUGACACGAAGAAGAAAUGGACGAGACCGCCGAUAUCGAUGAACUUCGAGGUGCCGUUCGCACCUUCCGGCUUUAAAGUGCGCUACUUGAAAGUAUUCGAGUCCAAGCUGAAUUACUCCGACCACGACGUCAUUAAAUGGGUUCGCUAUAUAGGACGCAGUGGCCUGUACGAGACGCGGUGUUAACGUACCAGCUCGCCGAAUGCAUAAAUAAUUGUAAAGAAGUAAUCUCAAUAUGAAACAAAGAAAAGAAACAGAUCAGAACACAUGAAACACUGGGAAUAAUCAAGAGUAUCGAGUAUUUGUCGAUAUUAUUUCAUUGCAGCGCAUAUAUACGAAGCGAUAAUCUGAAACACUCAGAUGGCUCGAUCCCCGGACUCGUGCACCAAGUAGCGUAACUUAUGAACGACGUGUGUUAUUUAAGGCAGAAUGAUCCGUGAUGAUCCGCACGGAACAAUAUAACGGUCACAGGAAAUUUUGCUUCUCAUACAUUAUGCAUCGCGUUAAUGAGAGAGCGAAGUUCUUUUUAAAUUGUCCUUGUUCGCUGAUAUCAAUGUGAUGCGCCGGAAGAAACUCUGGUUUGUUGAGUGGAAAAUAAAAAUAGAUUCCAACUUGCUUGAGGAAAGGUUGUUGAACGAACAACAUGAUAAUUGGAGAGUAGAGCAGAGUGAUUAUUUCUUUCGUGCCAAUUUUUCAUGUCGUCCACUUUUUUCUUUCUCUUGUGCUGACUCCUCCGAUUUAGUCUCGUUGUGUUGCUUCUUCUGAUUUGUAUGAAGAUCUUGAUGCUUUCGAAAUGUAAAUUCUUUUUUCUGACAAAAAUAAUGCCGAUCAGGCUAUCGAUCAUGAAAUAUUUACUUCUUUUUUUUCCGAAACUUUAUUCCGAAUAAGAUUUUUAUCUACAGUUGUUCUGUUUUCAGCAUAUGAAGGAAGUGAAAUUUAUAUUAUACGAUUAGUGAAAUUUAUAUUAUACGGAAUAAUAUAUCGCGAAUAACAGAUACAUUAAUUGCAUAAUUUUCUGAGACGGAUAAUUACGUUGUUGAUUUGCCUCUGGAAUUAGCAAAGUCAUUACAAUGUUACAGUUUACGUUCGCGAAAUAUAUAUAAUUGUAGAUUUAUACGUCACUAUACAUAAUAUAUGUUUUUUUUUUAAUUAUAUCAUGAUAAUGAAUUUCUGUAUUAUAAUAUUGAGAUAUAUAUACACGAAUUAUACUCGUUUCGUACGUGAUUUAUGAUAUAUACAUAUAUAUAUACACACACGUAGGGUGCACACAUACACUAUAGCAUCUUUGGUACCAGAGUUUGAAUGAAUGAAACUGAACAAAUCUGUGCACGCUGUGGAUCAUUUGUGCGAGGCUUAUGAUGCGCUCAAUGAAAUGUAGAACACAUGAUAAUAUCAGUGUAUCGUGCAUGAGAGUAAAAGUAGAAAGCAACAUUGAUCGAUUGUACAAGCAUAAAAUUGAUUCUGUCUCUCUAUAUUAAAGCGCUCACAUGCGUAAUGAAGUAUAUAUGUAAAAUAAAUUACUGCCUCUGAA